AGCUGGAGCUGGAUCUCACCCAGUGUGGCUGUGUAGGUGGGGAGGGGGGGGGGAAACAGCUUCCCCUUCUCAGCUGCUGCUGCUGGUUCCUCCUCCUCCUCUCCUUCCCUAAGAGCUCAAGCUACUACCGGAAACCAAUAUUUUUUUGCUGCCGCUGCCGCUGUGUCUUCUUUUUGCAAAGUUGUUUCGAAGCGAACAGAGGCGCAGUCAGAGGCGCUGCAAAGCAGCAUCGGCGGCGGAGCUGGUUUCUUUGCAACUUCCGAACGAACCCUGGACUUUUCUUUUUCUCUUCGCCAGCCUGGAAAGUUGUUGAACCUCCAUCUCCCCUUUCCCUCCCCAGCGCCCGAACCCGGCAUGUUUGAUCCGCCGGCUGCUGCUGCUGCUUGCAAGCUCCGGGACUCCGGCAGAGCCCGGGCGAAGGAUGGAAGAACAGCCCCGAGGCUCCUGAGAAGGCAUUAAAAAGCGAUCUCCGAGCGAAGAAGCGCGCCCGGCGUGUUUGGAGAGGAAUCCAGAUAAUAAUAAGAAUUAUUAUUAUUAUUUUUGCAAGGGGUGGGAGACGCAUCGCCCUCCUCUUUCCUCUCUCCCCCCCCCCAUCUCCACCAUGGAAGAUGGUGUGAAGGAGGAGACCCCAGAGAAGACAAAGUGUCCUACUAAAGCGGAGAAAGCUGGCUGGAUCAGGAAGAGCAGUGCAGGCCUCUUUGGUCUCUGGAAGGAGCGUUACAUCCAGCUGUGCAAAACCAAACUGUUAGUGUACGAAGAUGAGGAUGAACAGAAGUGUGUUGAGACCGUGGAGCUGGAAAGGUAUGACAGGUGCCAAGAGUUGCGUGCCCUGCUGAAAAGGAAAAAUCGCUUCAUUUUAAUCCGGUCUCCGGGUCACAAGGUGCAAGAUAUCAAAUUUCAGGCAUCCAGCGGGGAAGAAAAGGAGUCGUGGAUGAAAGCUCUCAAUGACGGCAUCAACCGGAGCAAAAACAGAAUACUGGACGAGGUGAAGGUUGAUCCAGACCUCUCUCUGGAACACGUGACACGAAACAGAGCAAAACUGGCUCAGGGCCGUCGUCCACCAACCAGAUACCAUCUCAAAGAGGUUGCCAGUGGGGUGUCAGAUGGGAUCCUGAGGCUUGACCUGGACGUACCAGACAGCGGUCCUCCAUCCAUCAUGGUGGACACAAGCGAGGCUGCUGACGUUCCUCUUCCAAAGGAGACCCCCAAACCACCCAUGCCACCUACGAAACCGCCUAUGCCUCCUUCGGAGAAGCCGAGCGCCGACUCCGUGCCCAAAGAUGUAGAAGCCAAGAAGCCCCCCAUGCCUCCCGCAAAGCCUCUUAAGGAAACCGCAGCACCCGGUGACAACGCGGACUCUGCGGAAGAAGAUGUUGCUGCUACAGGUGAUGAUGCCGAAGAACCUGAAGCCACCCCAGACGGAGAGGACCUAACGGAGGCCCACAAAAACACUCCCAAAGUUCCAGUUCCUCCCCCAAAGAUCUUAUCUGAUAAGAUGAAGGUGAAAUGGGACAGUCCAGCUUCCGAGCAGCUGGAGGACGAGGCCGUUGAUCUGUCUGUGCACGGAAGCGAAGAAAAUUUAUCCGAAGGAGCCAAGGAGAUGCUGAAACCUCCAGCUCCUCCUCCUAAGGUUCUGUCGGAGAAGUUGAGAGCCAGCAUGAAAUUGAACAGGAACAGCUCAGAGGUGGAUUCUUCUGAAGGCGGACGCCCACCCGAUGUCCCGAACGGUGAAAGCCCCGGUGUUGCUGGCGAUGAAACCUCUGAGACUGUUUUCCAAGAUGGAGAGGAGCAGGGAGAAGCUUUGUCAGAGCAAGAAGCAAAAAAGGAGAGUUUGGACUUGGCGACUAAAGAUCAGCUGGAACCUGAAGGAAACCCUCCAGUUACCAAGCCUCGCUGUGCCUCCGUAGGGGACCUGCUGUUGGAACCAGCCAAGAAGCCCCUUCUGGGACCACUCCUCCAGCAGGGAGCUGCCUCCAAAGUGGCCCAGAUGGAGAGGAAAGUGGCCAGCGAGCAGGAAAGAACAGAGCAACUUCUGAAGGAGGUUUUGCUGGGGGGAUUUGAACAGGGCCAGGCGGGCAGCAACGGGCCUCCGAUCUAUGCUGAGACGUUGCUCAACGAGGCGGCAAAGCAGCUCCAGCAAGCCUCGCAGGUCUUGCAAGAGAUCAGAGAUUUAGGAGAACUGAAAAAGGAACCGGCCGAGCUUCGGAAAGGGGCGCAGAAGGAUCUAGUGACUCUGUAUAGGAGAAGUGCUCCCUGAAAGGAAGGCGCUUCUGCUUUUUGUGGCUUAGCUGAAAUGUUGCCAUAUCGCAGCACAAUUUCCCACUAUUCCGCAGGGUCAGGAUUUUGAAAACGGGGGGAUGUCAUCUUGCUGCGCACUGCUAAGAAGGAGGGGAAAACGUAAUUUUAAAGUAUUGCUCUCAUGAGCUCAAGCUGUGGGCUGGAACCCCCUGGUGGGUCAGGUGACAGCAGCAGGGGGUUUAAGAGGACAAGGGAAAGGCUUUUCUCUGCUAUUUUUCUUGCUCUCUUGGAGACCCUUUGCAGCAGUUCUGCAAGCAGCAACUGAAAGCCUAGAUCAACUGGGGUUAUUUACUCCCUGGCAAGAGAGUAGGGGGAAAACAGGGAUGGGACACUUCCUGAAACCCACCUUGAAUAGCCAUUGGUCCUGACCCACAAGAUUCUUGCAAGUGGAAGUGAUACACAAACUCCAACACAUGAGAAUCUCCAUAAACCUACCAGCUAAAGCAGGUGGUUGGUCUGAGGCUGGGAAAAGUAAGUUGUUGUUUUUAAGAGAGAUGGAGGCUGAGUAAGCUCUUAAAAGAGAUGGAGCGGGGGGGUCUCCAAAGUUUGGGAACUGCCGGUUUAUGGUAACAGGGUGUGAAGAGUCACUAGCUACUUGCUGCAAGACUCCAGUCAGAGACUUAAGCAAGCGCUUAGGGGACGUGGAUAGUUACCUUCUUGCAUUCCCGCAAUGGCAGAAUUCCUAUGCUUGCCAGGCUAGCCAUCCACUGCAAAUCGCAGAGGAUGAGGGGCAUGGCACUCCCCCACAGGAAGCCAACGCAUGCACAGCUCUCCCCAACUCUGUUUUAUUUUUUAAUGUGGAAAUGACCUUACUGUGCGUUCCGUUAGAUGCGCAGUGAAGGAGGAGAGGGCAUGCGCCUUCAUUCCCACCACACAAAUGGUGCAGCAGCUUUGGCAACCAUAUGAACAAGGGGCUAAUCUUAGGGAAACGACCCUUGCAAGACACAUGAGCAUAGGCACCUCCUCAACCCCCAGUAUUACUAUUUCUACACACCUGCUCCCCCUCCCCAAUGAAAUGAAUGCUAUCCAUUUCCAGGACUUACGAUAUCAGAAUAACUUACUUUCAGUUCUGCUUAGUUGCUUUUUUCUCACAUGAGCUCUUCUUGCACUCUGGGGCCUGAAGUGUGGGAACCUCAUGCUUAACAUUUCCCUCAGAUGCUUCUUUUAACAUUCACAUGUCAUUAAAACAACAACAACAACUGUGCGGGCAUUAAAUUGGCACCACAUUAAUAAACAAGCGAAUGGUGAAUAA